AUGGAGCCGGAACCCAGCACACACCUUCAUGCAAAGUCGGAUUCCCGCUGCGAGGGGGUGAUACUGGCUCUGUCUGACGCCGCCAGUGCCUCAGAGGACGAAACGACUGCGACCUCCUACGAUGACUUACCUAGCGCGAAAGCUUGCCUACGUCUUGGGGCAUUCGUUGGAUGCAAACGCAACCCCGCAAGACAAGAAAUGGUGCGAUUUACCGGGCCAUGA